AUGGUCGCAGAAAAGCCACCAGACGUACAACAGCUGCUGACUUCACUCAGUGACAGUGCUGCAGACCGAUCUCUGAGACAACAUCAUGUGGACAGGGAAAAGUUGGGAUUGUUCAACGUUCGUGCCUUCUCAUUCCUCAUUAUGUGGUAUUUCUUCGGUGGCUGUACAUUGUUCCUGAAUAAAUACAUACUUGCUAAUUUACGCGGUGAUCCAACAUUACUUGGUGCCAUGCAGAUGGUGAUGACCACAUUUCUGGGUUUUGUCCAGAUGUACCUGCCAAUGGGCAUGUAUACCCCGGUCAGCAGAGAGGGCAAACCUCCACACUUCUGGCGCAAUAUGAUUCUUGUUGGAGCCAUGAGGUUUUCCACUGUAGUGCUAGGCCUGGUUGCACUUAAGUUCGUCAGCGUGUCAUUCACCGAGACAAUCAAAAGUUCGGCUCCAUUGUUCACCGUCUUCAUUUCCAGGAUAUUUAUAGGCGAGCUGACAGGCAUGUUCACGUUUCUCUCUCUGAUCCCCGUCGUCCUGGGACUGGCGCUGUGUUCCCUCUACGACCUAAGCUUCAAUAUUCAAGGAUUUAUGGCUGCCAUGGCCACCAACUUGAUAGAAUGUACGCAAAAUGUAUACUCCAAACACUUGAUCAGCGGAGAAAAGUAUAGAUACACUCCAGCAGAGCUGCAGUUCUACACCAGUAUUGCCAGCAUCGUUGUUCAGAUCCCUGCCUGUUACUUCAUGAUGGACCUGGACAAAGUCCACCGGAACCUGGACAUCACUCUCCUGUUUUCUUUGCUGCUCAAUGGAGUUUUUUUCCACUUCCAGUCAAUCACAGCAUAUGUUCUCAUGGAUUACAUUUCACCAGUGACUCACAGUGUGGCCAACACAGUCAAGCGUGCCUUUCUUAUCUGGCUUUCCGUCUUCCUGUUUGGCAAUCCAGUGACAUUGUUAAGUGGCCUUGGGACCGUAUUUGUUACAAUUGGAGUACUGCUUUAUACGAAAGCCAAGGAGCAUGACCAACAUCUGUUGGAAGUUCGGGAGAAAUAUAAAAACGAGAAUAUUGAUAGUGAAAUGUUGCAAUGA